AUGUCCGCACCUCUCUCUCCCUUAACGCCCUCGCGCCAGAAUUCACAGCCCUUUUCCCCAGGAAUUAGUGGUCUGGUCGCGCGGGAGGAUGUCGUUGAUAAUAUGGUCGCGUCAAAUGAUAGACUAGAAAAUAGCUUCUCAAGCCCAAGAAAAAUGGUUGACGAUCUGAGCGCAGAUGCCGAAAGGCGUCAGAGCUACACUGCCACACAAGAGCCGAACGAGCAGGACCUAGAUUAUGAUAACACCGAUCCCAUACUACCGCCUAGCUCGCCAUUUCAAUAUGAUGCUAGGGAUGAUACAGUCGACUUCCAGAUGCUCCGGAGCCAACAAUUGUCGACGACCCCAAGGAAACGUUCUUACGAACAUGUACCCGAGGACGAUGUGUUAGAUGAUAGAUACAGGAAAGGCACUGCUCGAAGAGAUAUGCCGGACAUCAGUGUCUAUACCGAUGAGGACGCCAGCAUCAAUAAUGAACAAAGCAUCAGAGAAAGUGUUGGACUAGAGAUUGGUAACAGCCUCAUGGAAGAAAAGCACCACGAAGGAAUGAGCACAGUGAUCCACGAGAACAAUGACAAUGAUGCCUCGAACGAAAAGGAGGGUAAGAGCCUGCACGAAAAUGAUGAUAUGAUUGACGACACAAACGAUUCCAUGGAUGAAACAUGCCUCAGCACGUUUUCCGCUGUUACCAAUGUCGACAUGACAUCAUUCGCACAUCUACGGGGCGACUCACCGUUGAAGGCCAGACAAGCCCUUCCGAGUAGCCCUAACCAGCCCAGCUUUUUCCCGCGCAAACGCUACAGCAUGCAAAAUGAGCGGUACUCUCCGUCACGGCGAUCACCAUUAAGGACUGUCCGGGAAUCAACCAGGUCACCUGCAAAAGUGUCAUUACUCGACUUUGAUCUCCCUGCUGCUCCAACCCCCCGAUCCAUCCCUUCAGUGACACCACGGGAGCUCGAGUCUCUGAAGUCCGGUUUUCUUUCAGAGAUUUCUUCGCUCAAAGCUACGCUAAGUGGCAAAGAGGCGGAAGUUGCCAGUCUUAAGCAGGCUGUUGCAGACGCCGAACGGCGUGUUGGAGAGACAUCAGAGGAGGUUCGGAAUGAAGCUGCCCGGAGGGAGACCUUAGAAAUUGAACAAGCUGAGUGGCAGAGAAGAGGUCAGGAGAUGGAAGAUGUCUUGCAAUCUGUCAAGGCUGAAAUGAUGGAAGGUGAGCGGGAGAGAGAACAGUUGAUGAGACGAGCCGAGGAAAUGGAGAAGGGCAAGGAGCAGUUAGAAAGCAGGGUGGUUGAACUAGAGACACAAUUGAGCUCGGCUCGCAAACCAGCGUCGAACGACAAGGAUGCCUCUGAACGUGCGCAAUUCGGCAAGACUGCCGAGGAAACGGCGAAGGAAGUUCAAGAUGCCGUUGAGAAGGUCGCCCGUGAACUUCACACACUCUAUAAGAGCAAACAUGAGACCAAGGUUGCUGCCUUGAAGAAAAGCUAUGAAGCACGUUGGGAUAAACGACUGCGAGAGGCUGAGAACAAGCUAAAAUCAGCUUAUGAAGACAACGAGCGACUCAAGGUUGAGCGGGAUGCAGCUCUUUCGGAAGUCUCCCAGCCUGAUCUUAGCAUGAUCACGCGGGAGAAGGACGAGCAUGAAGCAGAGAAACGUGUCCUAGAGGCUCAAAUCAAGGGUCUACAGCAGGAAUUGGGCGCGCUCAAAGAUGACAGUGAGCGAUUGCACCAUGAGCUGAAAAUCGAACGGGCUGAGAAAGGCGAGCUCGUCGCUGCUGUGGAUGAGUGGUUAGCAAUCCAGCAGAAUCAGCCGUCAACCCAGGAUGGCCCUCAGUCCCCAAGACCGCAGGCGGAUACUUCUCCCGAGCCAACGCCAGUUGAGGUUGCGUCGGAGGACUUCAGACAAAGCAUUAGCCGCAGUAGUUCAAGCAGCAUACGUCCCCCGAGCACGGCGUCUAGCAACGGUGAAAAGAAGAUACCAAGGAUUCCAGCACCGGGAAACCGACAGGCCCGCGGGAACAGUGGAGGAAAGUCUGGAAUUGCUGUCUUCACCCCAGGUCGCAGUGGUAUCAUGGGCUCGAUAGAGCGAAUGGGUCGCGGUGGUGUGUGA